CCUUUGCUUGGAGUCAAUAUAAAAGUUAAAACUCCAGGACUUUGGCCAUUAACGUUGUCAAACAAUCAGUACUAACGAGAAAGCUAAAACUGCGCAAUGAGACUUCUGAUUUACAUUCUUUUCAUUAUGAACAGUAGGAUCAUUUCUAGUCACCAAGGUUACUUCUGGCAUAUCACAGAUCUUCAUUGGGAUCCAGAUUAUAGUGUGACAGAUAACCCAAAUGCUGUUUGCCCUUCAUCUUCUAAACCCGUACCAAACCCAGGGAAGUGGGGCAGCUACUUCUGUGAUUCCAACUGGGACCUUAUCAAUCUGUCCAUUUAUACCAUGAGAGAGCUUCAUCCUCGACCAGAUUUCAUUCUUUGGACAGGUGAUGACACCCCACAUGUUGCUGAUGAAAAGCUUGGCGAGGAUGCAGUGCUGAGUAUAAUUGGCAAUUUGACCCAUCUUAUACGAGAGGUGUUUCCAGAUACUAAAGUCUACUCUGCAAUGGGAAAUCAUGACUUUCACCCAAAGAGUCAGUUUCCUGAUACCCACCACAGGAUUUACAACAGAAUUGCAGGUCUCUGGAGACCUUGGAUGGAUUCUCAGUCUGUCUCCAUGUUUAACAAAGGAGCUUUCUACACUGAGAAGCUGCUGAAUCGAAAUGACCAGCGUAUUAUUGUCUUAAACACAAAUUUGUAUUAUACUAAAAAUAAACUUAAUGUUGGCCUACGUGACCCCGCUGGUCAAUUUCAAUGGCUCGAAGAAACACUUUCAAAGGCAAUGACAACAAAGGAGAAAGUUUACAUUAUUGGACAUGUACCACCAGGCUCUUUUGAAAAGAAGAGAAAGGUAUUCUGGUUUCAUCAGCACUUCAAUGAAAGAUACACUAAAAUUAUUCAGAAGUAUCACAGUGUAAUAGCUGGUCAGUUCUUUGGACAUCACCAUACUGACAGCUUCAGGAUGUUCUACAGUGAUUCAGGUUCCCCCAUAGGAGUUAUGUUUAUUGCACCUGGCAUUACUCCAUGGAAGACAACACUACCUGGUGUAGAGAAUGGAGCUAACAAUCCAGGAAUACGGCUAUUUCAGUAUGACACAAAUACAUUGGAAAUUCAGAAUAUGAUGACAUAUUACUUCAACUUAAGCUACGCUAACACAGUGACUCCAGAAUGGCAACGCGAAUAUAAACUAACAGAGGCAUUUGGCGUUCCGGAUGGUACAGUUAACUCUAUGCAAACAGUUCUGGAUAAACUGUACAAAGACGACUAUUACCUACAGAAAUAUUAUAAAUAUAAUUCUGUCAGUUAUGAUUUGAGUGAAUGUGAUAGGAACUGCAGAAUAGAUCAGCUUUGUGCAAUUAAAGCAGUCGACUCUGGUGAAUAUGAGGAGUGCGUGCAAAGGGAGAGCUCUUCUUCCACUCAUACUGCAACAUGGCCCAUCAUUUCAUUUCUGCUUCUUUCUCUGCUGUUUCUUCAGUUCUAAUAUUUACCAGAUCUCUAUAAAUCAGGGGUUCCCAGCCUGGGGUCCAUGGACCCCUUGCUUCAUGAUAUUGGUCCAUGGCAUAAAAAAGGUUUUGAACCCCUGGUAUAAAUGUACUAAGAUAUGAGGAUUAUUGAUUAAUGCACGACUUUAAAGGGAUAAUGGCUGUAUUUCAAAAUAUAUAUGUAUUUGAGUCUUAGUCACACAGUUCUUUGACCAUUGUUUCUGCAUAAUUGUGAAAUUGACCAUGAAGAAGGGAUUAAACAGCUAUUGUUAUGGUCAAUCAGUGUGAAAGAUGAUCUUCUUGAGUGCACUUCUGAAGACAACUAACUUUGUGACAUCAUUGAAAUUCUCAAAAUGCUAUUAAAACUCAUAUUUCAGAACAUUGUUUGUUUGGUUGGAUGUGAAUAAUUUGAUAAUGACUUAUUCAUGUUUGUCACCAUCAUACUUGCCCAGUGUACAAAGAAUGGAGGCCAACCCAACACAUUGUGCCCAGGAUGACUCUUGAGAAUAUUGUGGUGAAACAAGGGUAUGACCAGUGAGGCAACAUUAAGAUUAGCUUUGUUUGUCACAUGUACGUUGAAACAUACAGUUAAGUGCAUCAUUUGCAUCAAAUCAAAUCAGUGAGAAUUCUGCUGGGCAGCCUGCAAAUGUUGCCAUUAUUCCGGUGCCAACAAAUCACUAGGAAUGUGGGAAAAAAAAACCUACGCAAUCACAGAGAGAAAGUACAAUCUCUUUAAAGGCAGUGAUAGGAAUCGAACUCUGAUCUUACAGGUGAUACUAUGAUAGCGUUUCACUAACCACUACCAUGCUACCCUUGGCUCAGAGAGAUAAAACAGAUAUUACCAAAGGGAUUUUGUCAAAUUGCCAAACUUGACCAUUUAUUCUCUCCAUUUUGGCUCAGUGGUCAAAUAUCAGCCUCUUGGAUGUGGCUCAGAUUUUUAAUUAUGAGUGAAUUGCAGAGAGUUGUAUUUAUUUGAUCAAAAACCUGAUUAUCUGGGAGUAAUUGUCAAGUGCUAAAGUCAUCAAAUAUUUUAUGGUCAACACUGCCUGGAUUCUCUUUAUUGUAUCUGUUUUUUAAACUGAUCUGUAAUGUGUUGAUAUGGAAACAAAGUUUAAUGAAUAUUGUAUUAAAAUAUUUUGGUCAGUAUUUAUAGUUUCU